GCAUGCGCACACGCAAUCUUACUAAAUUACGGGAACUGGUAGUUCUUUGCUGUCACUUUAUCUCUUCUAGUUUACAAAGGUCAUUCGCAUUCAUUUCGUGUGUUUAGACAGACCUGUGUACAAUGGCCCACUCUGACCCCUCUGGUGUAGUGGAUGGAGGACUGUCAGAGGAGUUUGCUAUCCCCUCUCAUGUGGAGGAGAUUAGGAAACUUAUGGCUGAGUUUGCAGAACGACAUGGAUCAGCCGGUCACAGAGUUGUUUUGAUCACCUCAGGAGGCACCAAAGUCCCUCUGGAAUCCCGGACAGUACGUUUCCUGGACAACUUCAGCAGUGGUCGACGUGGGGCAUCCUCUGCAGAGUAUUUUCUUGACUCUGGCUAUGCAGUGAUCUUCCUGCAUAGGCAUCGGUCUCUCUAUCCGUACUCUCGACUGUACACAGGGGUCAAUUUACUGGAUAGCCUAAGAUUAGAGACUGAUAAGGAGGACACUGGUCAGGUUCUGGUGGAUCAGAAGGCACUUCCAAACAUUCCAACGGUUCUAAAACGCUAUCAGUCGGUUAAAGCAGCAGGAUUACUGUUGCCAGUGGAAUUCAACACCUUAUCAGAGUACCUCCAUCUUCUCAAGGCUGCAGCACAAGCAUUAAGCUCCAUAGGGUCAAAGGCUAUGUUUUAUUUGGCAGCUGCUGUCUCUGAUUUCUACAUCCCAGCAUCUGAAAUGCCAGAACACAAAAUUCAAUCGUCUAAUGGACCACUACAGAUAAGUAUGAAAAUGGUUCCCAAGAUGCUGUCCCCAUUGGUGAAGGACUGGGCGCCUCGGGCGUUUGUCAUCUCUUUUAAGCUGGAAACGGACCCAUCGAUCCUUUUGGAGCGAGCACGUCGUGCCUUAGACACUUACAACCACCAAGCAGUGGUUGCGAAUGUGCUGGACACGCGCCGUGGUUACGUGGUUGUUGUCACCAAGGACACACAACACGAGUUGGUUCUUACAGAUGAGGAAGUUCAGAGAGAAGUGGAGAUUGAGGAAAGGAUUGUCAGCAAUCUGACCAAAGCACACAGUCAAUUUAUGUCUCAACCAGUUUGAAAAACUUUGCUGUGGUGUCUUAGCAUUUGGGCAGAACUAGGAUCAGAUUGUGUUGUUUUGUAACAGCUGUGGUUAUUAUUUGGACAGAGAGUCUGUUGCCAUCUCUGAUAUUUAUGUCCACGAGUUCAGAAACCUUCCGCUGUGAAAUUAAAUGAUUUGUAACAGAGAUCUCUCGUCUGCAUAGUUACUUCCAGUUUUAACCUUCCUGGCAUUUAAUUAUAGGAUAGUACAAAGCAAAAUAGUAUGACUGCUUGAAUGGCUUUAAGCUAUCAGAAUAAACAUGCAUUCUCGAUGAUAUUAAUAUCAUAAAUCGGUUCAUGUUAAGCAGACUACGAGUCAGCCUUAACAUGAACCUUAUUCAUUAAACAAAAUUUCUGCGUAAAUUUCUGCAUAAAUUGUAGCAUGCAAUUCAGUGUAGCAGUCAAUGCAAAAAUGGGUUAAUGAAUGUUAUACACAGAAAAGUAUUCUGCUUGUGUUUUGUGAAUUAGGCCCAAUUCAUUUAGUUGUUUCAUGCAGGUGAAAGAAAUCUAAAUAUAGUAUGUAUAAAUGUUUCUCUAAUAAACACAAAAUAAAGCAAUAUUCAAUGACUAUUUUCUUUUUAAAUAUAACUUAAUUAGCUUAACUUUGUGUUUAUAUUUGGUAAGAACUUAUUUACUUUAUUUCAUAUACAAUUAGUGGUAAAUAUCACUUCUAACAGUAGAACACCAGAAGUCAGUAUUAACAUAAUAUUCCAGCUGGGUUGAGAUUUAUCACUUGAGUUUGACACUCCUCUUAACUCCAGUGCGAAUACUAGACCAUUCGCCACUGUAACUUGUCUGGGAUUCCGAUCUUCUUCCUCUUGGGUGUGAGCCCUCUGUUCUUUUCACAAAACAGAUAUGAACAUGAGAACAUGGUCUGUAAUAUUUCAAAUGUUAGUGGUAUUUAGGAAAAUGACUGUGAUUUUCAGUUAUUAUGUUGGCUUGACAUACUGUUAUUCUACAAACUUGGUUUAGGGUUUUUUUUUUUUUUUUUUUUCAAAA